AUGUCGAUCGACGCGAGUUCGAGCGACGUCGACGACAGACCGGAGCGACCGGAUACGAUCGCGCCGGUGUCGGACGCGCUGUAUCCGCGCGCGCUGGACGGCGUCCCGACCUUCUUUGGACGCCUGAACCCGCUCACGGCGGUGCUGUUGUUUUAUACCGGGGCGAUGUUGAGAGAGUCGAGGGAGGUACCGAUCAUCGGACUGCAGUGGAUGCUGUUGGUUGUCGUGCCGACGUUCGGGGCGCUGUACGCGGCGCGGAGGUGGUGGUACGAGCAUAAAGUCGUCCCGAACGCGUCGAAGGAGUCCAAGUAUCGACCCAUGGGGUUCAAUCGCGCGUGUAGGAGCGCGUGGAUAGAUUUUCACAUCGGAUACAUGUUACUCGUCCCCGCGGGGGCGUACGGGGGUGAGGGGAGUAGUUGGUGGGUGAUGACGGCGCCCGCGUUGAUGGCGCUUCGAUGGCUUGGGCGGACGGUUUCUGCGAUCGUCUUUGGCGUUCUCGGUACGGCGAUGCUGUUAAUUUCGGCGUCGACGACGAUUGUUAAGGCGCUAACGGCGCUGAAAGGCGGCGGGAGCGUCGGAAUCGUACUCGCGCCGUUUGCCGUCGUCACGUCGUACGUGCUCUACCUCGCUCCCGCGUGCUUGCUCCCGCAAGCGAUCUCGCGGGCGUGGACGAACACGCUGGACGUGGAGACGGAGUCGGCGGAGUCCACGGCAAAAUCGACUGAAAAGGAUAAGACGCCUGAAGAAAUAGCCAAGGAGAAGAAGAAGAAGCGCGUGAAUCUCAUCGUGACUUUCAUCGCCUUUGGCACCAUGAUUGCCACCGGUAGCGACAUCCCCCUGCUGAUCUUGUUCGCGAUUCAGCUCUUAAAGAUUGAUCCGGAGGAGCUCAUGAACGCCGUGAUCAACAAGGGUUCGCCCGAGCGCGCGGAAAUGGAGCAAGCGUUCGCGGACAAGUUUGCCGCGAUCCUCCCCAGAGCGACGAAAAAGGAAUCGAGCGCAACCGAACGAGACGACGGAGACGAUGACGACGACGACGACACAAAGACACCCCCCGAUCAGACCACCGCCGAGACGAGCGAAGAGAACGCGUCCUCAGUGAAGACGCCGAGCGCGUGA